UCGCGCGACGUCUGCGCUUCGUCUCCGAUCUCCACCAAGCAAUCCUCGUCGUCACUCCCGCAUUCCGUGGCGCCAUCGCGAAAAUCCAGCAAAAAAGCUCAAAAAUGGCGAUCUUCAAACCCUAUCUCCCCGCUAAUCUCGCUCUUCCAAUCCCAAAACCCAGCCUCUAUACCUCCUCUUUGCCCACCAACUCCAAGCUCACACCUUUCCUCUUCUCCUCUUCUUGCUCGAAGAAUCCCAUGCCUGGAACCUCCUCCUCCUUCUCCCUCCCUCCCCUUCCUGAUGACCGGGUUGUCCUUGGCUGCGGGAUGGCGUCCGUGGACUACGUCGCGCUCGUCGAUGCCUUCCCUGUGCCUGAUGAGAAAGUUCGGACUGAAAACGUGCAGGUUCUUGGAGGUGGCAAUUGUGGGAAUGCCUUGACUUGUGCCGCUCGUUUGGGAUUGAAACCCAGAAUCAUCACCAAGGUUGCUGAGGAUGCAAAUGGGAGAAGUAUUUUAGCAGGGUUUGAUGGUGAUGGAGUGGAUACUUCUUACGUGGCGAUAUCAAAGGAGGGGACUUCGAUGUUUUCAUUUGUGAUUGUCGAUCAACAGACAAAGACUCGUACAUGUAUAUAUCAGCCUACUUUACCCACAAUGGUUCCAGAUGAUCUGCCCAGAUCAAGAUUGUCAUCUGCCAUGGAUGGAGCGAGAUUUGUAUACCUUGAUUGCAGUUUGCAUGAAAUUGAUUUGCUUGUUGCACAAGAGGCAGCUCGGAUGAACAUACCUAUUGUUAUUGAUGCAGAAAGGAAGACGCCAGUAUUAAAUGAUCUUCUUCAUCUGGCAAGUUAUGUUGUAUGCGCAGAAAAUUUUCCUCAGUCCUGGGCAUCAGCUUCAUCCAUUACUAGUGCGCUUAUGUCCCUUCUACUACAAUUCCCGCGAACUAAAUUUGUGAUUGUGACCCUUGGCUGCAAUGGUUGCAUAAUGCUGGAGCGAAGCUGCUUAGGUGAAGAUCUCAAGAUGGAAGCGGUAGACGUAGAUAGCUUGAUUGAAUCGUUGAAGCUGAGGAUUGAUAAAAGCAACACUGCCCCGUUAUGCAUAUCAUCGCCAAUUAUGAGAUUAUCUGCAGAUGGUAUUGGCACAGUUAAUGGGAGAUUGCUUUUGGGCACAGCAGAGUCCAUACCACCUUCAGAACUUGUUGACACUACAGGUGCUGGAGAUGCAUUUGUAGGUGCAGUCCUUUAUGCUUUGUGUGCAGGAAUGCCUCCUGAAAAAAUGUUACCUUUUGCAGCUCAAGUGGCUGCCGCCGGAUGUAGAGCAAUGGGUGCUCGUCCCGGCCUACCUCGACGAACCGAUCCCCGUCUCGCCCCAUUCUUGUAUUAAACCACCAUAACAUGUACAGGCAACUAUUUACUGCAAUCAAAAUAAAAAACCAGGUAAGUUUAAACAUUUGAUUCUUCCUUAUUCUGUUUUUUCUUCAAUGAAACAUUUCCAAAAUAUCAAUAAUGUUGAUGA